UAAACCACCAAUGAGGCAGAGAAGAGCGAUGAAAAUGCAGGAAGUAAUUAAUUAGCUAAGGAGAGUCAGUCAAGAAAACUGAUGUACUUUCAAGGCUACGAUGUCCUGCUUUGAGAGUGAUAAGAGCAGCCUGGAGAAUGAUGAAGGGUGUUGUGGUGGGGCGGCUGCGUCACAGCUGUCCAACUGUGCGCUGGCCAUGCUGGAGAAAGAGGGCAACGACUCUGUGCUGAGCCCCACGGAGAGUACCCCCACCAGCCUACAGGGCGGCGCCCCACUGCAAGGCUACGACGUGGAGUUCGACCCUCCGCUGGAGAGCAAGUACGAGUGCCCCAUCUGCCUCAUGGCCCUGAGGGCAGCCGUGCAGACGCCGUGCGGCCAUCGCUUCUGCCGCAGCUGCAUCGAGAAGUCCAUCCGUGAUACAGGGCAGAGGUGUCCAGUGGAUAACGAGGUACUACGGGAAGACCAGCUGUUCCCAGAUAACUUUGCCAAGCGGGAGAUCCUCUCCCUAACGGUCCACUGCACCAACGUAGGCUGCACUGACAAAAUGGAGCUUCGCCGUCUGGAUGGCCAUGUUACCAAAUGUGAGUUUGCCACCGUGCCGUGCCCGCUGUGCCAGGAUGCGGUGUGGAAGAGCCAGCUGGAGAUGCACCAAAGCCAACACUGCCAGCGGAGACCUGUGUCCUGUCCCGACUGUGUAGAGAGCUUUGUUUACGAGGACAGCAAGGUUCAUGAGUCGCUGUGUCCCUUUGCCAACGUGGUGUGUCAGUACUGCGGUAUGGAGCUCAUCAGAGACCAGUUGGAAUCUCACUAUGACACAGACUGUCCGAAGGCUCCGAUCGCCUGUACCUUCAGCACUUUUGGAUGUCGAGAGAUGAUGCAGCGCAAUGACCUGGCGCAGCACAUGCAGGAGUUCACUCAGAUGCACAUGCGCUGCAUGGCUGAGUACCUGCACAGGCACAGCCUUACCGGGUACACCCAGCCACCACCUUCUGACGACCGAGGGGCUGCCGCUGCAGAGCAGGGGGCACAUGCAGGAGCUAGCAGCAGUGGCGCCCCCUGCCAGUGCUGCGGGGAACUGCAGACCAUGCGGGAGACCACCCAGCAGCUGGAGGGCCGUCUAGUGCGGCAGGACCACCAGCUACGUGAGCUGAGCAUUCAGGCGGGCCUGGUGGCAGAGCUCCGUCGUAAGGUCACUUCGCUGGAGGAGAACCUAAAGGAGCUGGAGGCCAAGCAGUGCCAGGGCGUGUACGUGUGGCCCUUGGAGGGCUUCUCGGGCUACCUGCGUACCCAGGCUGCCGGACAGCCCGUUGUGGUGCACAGCCCGGGCUUCUACACGGGCCGGCCGGGCUACAAGCUGUGUCUGCGCCUCCACCUCCAAACGCCCUCGGCCCAGCGCUGCUCCAACUACAUCUCACUGUUUGUUCACACCAUGCAGGGUGAAUUUGAUGGGCAGCUGUCGUGGCCCUUCCAAGGCACCAUCCGGCUGGCCGUGCUGGACCAAGGGCCUGAGGGCCAGCACCAUGUGGAGGUGAUGGAGACCAAGCCUGACCUGCAGGCCUUCCAGAGGCCCACCAUCCAGAGGAACCCCAAGGGUUUUGGCUACGUCACCUUUCUGCACCUGAUGGAGCUGCAGCAGCGAGGGUUUGUGCACGACGACACGCUGCUGGUGCGCUGCGAGGUGACGCCGCGCUUCGACACCUCCCUAAGGCGCGAGGGGGCGGCCAUGCAGCCCAGAGGGCCCGAGGUCUCGCUGUGAGGACCCUUUUAACGUUCAAGCGACGAGGUCAAUCGGCACCAACGUUAUCAGUACAAAGUAUCAGUUUGCCAUUUUCCUGAGUUCUUGUAUCGCACAGGAUCAUUGCAUUGGGUUCAGACAUGACCAACCUCAUGGGAAAGUGUACUGCUCACUUGUGGGUUUUAUCUCCAACUCCAAAAGGCUUUUCUUUGCUGUAGCUUUAGAGUGAUGGACUGGAUGUUGGUGGCAAUUAACACCAAGGUUUCCUGCAACAAGUCGAGAGCUUGGGUCUAUAUGGUGUUAUCUGCAUUUGUCAAAAUGGAGUUGUUGACAUUAGCCUUACUCUAUUCAAUGUUCUCUACCUAUAUAUUACUCUAAAUACCCCAAUUCAUGUUAAGUUCAAAAGAAUACAAGAUAAAAAAUACCUGACACCAUUCAAACCAAUGAGGGUUCAGAACUUUAAAGCCGAUCUCACAAUCAUCUAUUUGCAGACAGAACGUUCUAGUCCCAAGCUCUGUGUUCCAUCACUUAUCCAGCAAUGUGUCGCAGGCUACUGUACUGCUCCAAUAGAUAGGAUUUCAAAAUGUCUUAUGAUGCCUACAUUAGGUUGUAAUAAACAUGACUUUGGUUUCAGUGCAUCAUUCUUUGUAACAGCUUUGUAGCGGAGACGGCAAAGUCUCGUUAAAUAUCAUAACAUUACAGUUUAUGAUAUUUAUGUCAAGCUCAAAGUCAUGUUUAUGACAACUUUAUGUUGGCAUUAAAGAAGCCAAUUCAAAUAAGAUGUUACCAGAAGUGUAUUUCUGUUGGAGAUUAGGAAGGGGACAGAGAGUGAUGUAGGACAGAGAGAUACUCAAUCAAAUGAAUCCUUUUAGUGCUUUUUACAAAACACAGCGAGGACUGGGGCAGGACCAUCUGUAAGUGAGAGAUGACCAGAGGCAGAACUGCCUAUCAACUUAUUGUACAUCCUGCAUGACAAGAGAGUCAGGAUCACUGGCAUUUCACAGGUCUUCUGGUUGGAGGAUCAUACAAGGAAGAUGGGGCAACAUUCCAACCAGGGUCUUUUGUCUGGGAAUAUGUGGGAUGAUGUGACAUCUCUAAGACCUCUUCUGGAGAAGAGAUUUCCAGAACAAUGGCUGAGAGUUAGGACAUACAAUAAGCAGUGACAUAUGAAUGAGUUGGUAUACACAGUGGUGUAAAGUACUUAUUUAAAAAUGCUUAAGUACUACUUAUGUUUUUUUGUUGUUGGCGGUAUCUGUACUUUACUAUUUAUAUUUUUGACAACUUUUACUCCACUACAUUUCUAAAGAAAAUAAUGUACUUUUUACUCCAUACAUUUUCCCUGACACCCAAACGUACUCGUUACAUUUGGAAAUGCUCAUGAUUGCUGCACUUAUAUCUAUAUUUUUUUACCUUCAUUUUAACAGGGAGAAAUUGAGACCUAGGUUUCUUUUCCAAAUGUGCCCUGUAUAAUACAAUAUAAAUAUACACAUUAUACAGAACAUAUUACAAUACAAAACACAGUCAUGUUAAGCACUAAUAAGACAUCACAAAUCAUUCAGAAAAAGUUACAUUCCUCCACGAGUAAGUCCCCAAUCAAUACCUUAAAUUGCCUCAAACAGCACCAGAACAUCAAAAUGAAAUGUAUUUAUAUUUUUUGGGGCAAUACGGUGCAUUUAAGCUAAAACCAGAUUUACCUAGCUCUGUGGAGACCCUAGGAAUGUCGAGUUAACGGGUUAGGCAACUCAGGUGUCUAUACUUCAAAAGCUAAGUUAGAUAAGACGGAAGUUUAUGAAGUAGGGGCUUGUAAACAAAAACGGAGUAAUGUAGAGAUCUACGGGUCUUUAACGAAGUCCAGCCAACCUUUUGAUACAGGAUGCAGUGUUGUGAUGAGUAUCACAUCUCUGGGCUGUAACAACGAAGGGCAUUAUGGUAGAUGGAAUCCAUAGCUUUAAGAGUAGUAGCAACUGCAGUUUGAUAAAUAAUCACCAUAAUCAACAACAGAUAGAAAGGUUGACUGAAUAAUCUGCUUCCUACUGCUGAGAGAAAGGCACCAUCGGUUUCUGUAGAAAAAAGACCGCUUUAAGUCUUGGCUUCUUAACCAGCUCAUCUAUGGUUUUUUUUAAACGUCAAAUCCAUAUUAAUCCAAAUGCCUUAUUAUUUAUAUGCGGGAACACGUUCGAUUGGAGAACCAUCUAAUGAGCGAACAUGUAGUUCAUCUGAAACAUUGUUACGAGAGUUUAAAAACAACAUGUAUUCAGUUUUGUCCAUAUUAAGCACAAGUUUUAAAUCAGUAAGAGAUUCCUACAUAGCUAUAAAAUUGGACUAGUUUUGACACCGCCAGAUCAAUAGGGGCGGCAGGCAGCCUAGUGGGUAGAGCGUUGGACUAGUAACUGGAAGGUUUCUAGAUCGAAUCCCUGAGCUGACAAGGUAAAAAUCUGUCGUUCUGCCCCUGAACAAGGCAGUUAACCCACUGUUCCCUGGUAGGCCGUCAUUGUAAAUAAGAAUUUGUUCUUAACUGACUUGCCUAGUUAAAUUAAAAAAAUAGAUACAUAAUAGUAUCAUCCACAUAUAGAUGAAGUUAACGGAUUGACCAAUGGUGUUAAUAUAAGUAGUGAAUAGAACAGGUCCCAAAAUCGGGAUUUUACAGUUUUUCAGAAUUUACUCGGGUUCCCAUUACAAUCCGAAAGAGCAGUUGCAUAAUCCGAUUUAGCCUUGCUGAUUUGUCUUGCACAAUAAUUCCUCAGUUGCUUAAAGCUUGCCAGUCUGGGCCUAACCCUGUGUUCCUGGCCUUGACCCAAGCGUCAUCUCUUUUAUAAAUGACUUCUGAUAAUUCUGGAGUGUACCAGGCAUUCCAUCUACCUUUAACCCUUCAUUCUUUGAAGGGAGCAUGAUUAUCCACAAUAGUAUUGAAGACAUCUGCGAAAAGGCUGAAAGCUAAAUCAUGUUGAUAGAUAGCUGAAAUACAAUCAAAGUCACUGAAAUAAAGAUUAAAAGCCUGUUCACUUAA